AUGUUUAGUCAAAUUGGAGAUCGUUUUGAUUUGAGCAGAGGUCUUGCCUGUCGAACAAUUCUUAAGUUUAUUCGAGUUUUUUCAAAACUACUUGAUAAUUUUGUUUUAUGGCCUAAGGGGAGCUCUGAUGCCGCAAUAAUAAAAGAUUUUAAAAGUUUGAGAUUUAAUUAUAUGCCUAGUACAAUCGGAUGUAUUGAUGGUUGCCACAUACGCAUACAUGCACCAAGAGACAAGAGAUCUGAUUAUACCAAUCGUAAAAUGUUCCAAUCAAUUGUUCUUCUGGCUGUAUGUAAUGCUAAGUUUGAAUUUACCUAUAUGUUUUCUGGUUGGCCAGGAAGUUCCCAUGAUGCGAGGGUCUUUAAAAAUUCAUCUUUGGGACACACACUAAUAAAUAGUCCUCAAGAAAUAAUUUCUAAAAACCAGCACAUCCUCGGAGAUUCAGCAUUUCCUUUACUAGAAAAUCUCAUGGUUCCUUACAAAGCUACUCAUAUUCUGACGGAAAAGGAAAAGUCAUUCAAUAGAAGGUUGAGUUCUACUCGAGUUGUAAUAGAACAAGCUUUUGGAUUGUUACUUGGCCGUUUCUGGAGACUUAAGAUAUUGGAAGCAAAGUCCAUUGAAUUGAUGAGCCUUACAGUGACUAGUGCUUGCAUAUUACAUAAUUUAGCAUUACAAAAUAAUGAUUUCAUAGAGAUAGACAAUGAUCAUAAUACAGAUUUAACAGAAUUUACAGAAGAAAACAAUCAAGAAUGUAGUGUUUCAUUAGCAAUCAAUCAAAGAAAUGGGGUUGAUAAAAGAAACAACCUUGCAGAUAGGUUAUAUGAAAAUUAAAUUUUCAUGACAAGAGGAAUUUCCUUAAGGCUUUCUGUAGAAUUUUUGUUACUUAGUUUGUUUUAAAAUAUCAUAUUGACUAGGUAGUCAGUUGCAGCAACUAAAUACAUUUUUGUUUUUAUUAAGUUAUCUAUUUAAAAAAAAUACUUUUUACCAAUAUUACUAACAAUAAGGACAGAAGUUAGAUAUCUUGGACCUUUGUAAUGUAUAUUUCAUGUAAAUACUAAUAAUAAUAAAA